CCAAAACGUCCCUCAUUUCCCCCCCGCCUUCCACAAAUGCCCCUGCGAGCGCUCCAUUUCUUCAGCUCCUUCAACCCUCUUCUCCGUGCCCCAUGGAUCGCAAAAACCCUUCUCCUCAAGGAGAGACGGCUCGAGUGGUGGUGGAGUUGGAGGUGGCCAUAACCUCCAUCGUAUUCCUCAAAGGAUUUUAUCCCCCUGGGGCAUUCGAGAGGAGGAGGUAUAUGAAUGUGGUGGUCCACAAGGCACGGCAUCCACAGCUAUCGAACUACAUCCACUCUGCAACCUCUGAUCUCCUCCCAUUCAUCCAAAAGGGUUUGGUAGAGAGGGUGACAGUAAUCUUCUAUGACAAAGAACAUGUCCCAGUUGAGAGAUUUGUGUUCAAACUCAAUUUGAACCAGUCAUACAGCUCCAAGGUGGAGGAGAACAGUCUUGAAUUUGCUCUAAGAGCUUUCCUGAUCAAGCUUACGGUUGCCAAGCCUGUCACAAAGCCCCUCCCUCCUGGUAGCAGCUGGGAGAUCACUGCCUACUUCCGUGCCCUCCCUCAGGACACUAGCAAGGAAGCACAGCUCUGGAUUCCAACAGAUACAAAGCAGUGGCUGCAGCCCCCACACAUAACCCCGAUCAAGUCGAUGAGCAGUGAACCUUUGAAGGUGCAGCUCUACUUGGAACAUCCCAGCCCUUCUGAACCAAAGGUUCCGAUGGGAUAAUUUUAUGAUUAGAAUCAAUAUAUGUUCCCUCUGCCUUCGCUUUUCCACAAGUUGUACACAGGAGCAAGUCCCAAAACAGAAUUUAUUUGUCAGCUACCUUCAUUAUGAAAUUUGCAAAUUUAUACAAGCUUUUCCUUCUUAAAAAA